CCGCCUGUUGCCUGGAAUGUCCCAGUUGCUGCUGCAUUGCAGGUGUAAGAUACAAACCGUCAGCCAUUACCAGGAGUUCAGAGCCGCCGCAUUAAACUGAGUACUUGGGAAGUAAAGGUUGCGAGUGCGUAUACGCAGGAAAGAAAAGAAACAUGGGGGAACCCUGCGAACAUAAAAGAACUCUGAACGAGAUAGAAAAGAACGACGCCAGGGCGGCAUUCAAGUUGUUCGACAAAAAGGAUUGCGGCAAGAUUUCCAUCAAAGAAUUGGGUAAUGUGUUCAGAUCCUUAGGCAGACAGCUGAAGCCCGACCAGCUGAAGGAAUGGGCUGAUGAUAUCGACGUGGAUGGUAAGAUGAGUGACAACAUCCACUGCCGUUGCCAGAGUAGCCAGCCCGAGCCGCCAUUGCACUGCGUUGGUUUUUGUAGAGUCCCAAGUGAUGUUCCCCCGUUUCACAUCCCAUCUUUUUGACCCACUGCACUUCACUUCACUUCACUUGAGACCUAACAUCCUUAACAAAACAUAUUGCACUUGAUUUACUGGUACGUUGAUGAAAGCGGCUGUUAUGCAAUCUAUACAGACAAAAAA